CAGGUGCGCCGUCCGAGCCCAAGCGGCCGGAGACGGGGGAGCGGCCGCCGACGGGGCGGCGGCGGCGGCGGAGCACAAGUCGGUGGAGAUCAUGCGCAAGUUCUCGGAGCAGUACGCCCGCCGCUCCAGCACCUUCUUCUGCUCCGACAAGUCCGUCACCGCCGUCGUCAUCAAGGGGCUUGCUGACCACAAGGAUCAACUCGGAGCUCCUCUCUGCCCCUGCAGGCAUUACGACGACAAGGCCGCCGAGGCCGCGCAAGGGUUCUGGAACUGCCCGUGCGUCCCCAUGCGAGAGAGGAAGGAGUGCCACUGCAUGCUUUUCCUUACGCCCGACAACGAUUUUGCCGGAGAGGACCAGGCCAUCAGCUUGGAGGAGAUCAAGGAGGCGACGUCCAAGUACUAACCACACAACACCUGUUUUGCUCGAGAGGGGGCUAUAGUCAGUCAGUCGGUCGUCGUUGUCGGGACCUGUGUAUGUAGUAUCUCUGUAACAGCAGGAAAUAAGAAAUGUCUGUCUGGAAUGAUAUCUGUUGUCAUCCAUCCGUCUUGAGAGAAAUUAAGGCCUGAUGGUCGUGUUCCCGACUCGUCAAUGUUGCGA